AUGAAGCUCACAGUGAAGACUCUGAAAGGGAGCCAUUUCGAAAUUAGGGUUCAGCCCUCCGACACUGUUAUGGCUGUCAAGAAGAAUAUUGAAGAUGUACAGGGCAAAGAUAAUUACCCAUGUGGACAGCAAUUGUUGAUUCACAAUGGCAAGGUUUUGAAAGAUGAAACUACAUUGGUUGAGAACAAAGUCUCUGAAGAUGGCUUUCUUGUUGUUAUGCUCAGUAAGAGUAAAGCGUUGGGUUCUGCUGCAGCUCCAUCUAUUCAGCCUGCUAGCAAUCCUGCUACAACUGUAUCAACAUCCAAUUCCAACCCUGCUUCUGAUCCUCCAGUGCAAACUCAGGUUGCAAACAACAGUAGAUCUAGCACAGAUGCCCCAACUACUAAUGUUUCCUCAGAUACUUAUGGUCAGGCUGCUUCAAAUUUAGUUGCUGGCAGUAAUCUUGAGCAGACUAUUCAACAAAUCGUGGACAUGGGUGGUGGCAAUUGGGACAGAGACACAGUUAGUCGUGCUCUUCGUGCAGCUUAUAAUAACCCAGAGCGUGCUAUAGAUUACUUGUAUUCUGGAAUACCUGAAGCAGCAGAAGUUGCUGUGCCAGUUCCUCAGUACCCAGGUAGUCAAACAACUGAAACAGCUGGGAUUACUGCUGGAGCAGUUCCUGUAGGACCUAAUUCAUCUCCCUUAAAUAUGUUCCCUCAGGAGACAAUUUCUAGUACUGGUGCCGGGCUUGGAUCACUGGACUUCCUUAGAAAUAAUCCCCAGUUUCAAGCAUUGCGUUCAAUGGUGCAAUCCAAUCCACAAAUUCUACAGCCUGUGCUUCAGGAACUUGGUAAGCAGAAUCCCAGUCUUUUAAGACUGAUUCAAGAACAUCAUGGGGAGUUUCUCCAGUUGAUAAAUGAACCUGUUGAGGGUUCUGAAGGAGAUAUGUUUGACCAGCCUGAGCAAGACAUGCCUCAUGCCAUCAAUGUGACUCCAGCUGAGCAGGAAGCAAUUGGAAGGCUUGAGGCUAUGGGAUUUGAUAGAGCCUCGGUGAUAGAGGCAUUUUUGGCUUGUGACCGUGAUGAGCAAUUGGCAGCCAACUACUUAUUGGAGAAUGCUGGAGACUUUGAGGAUUAA